UUCCGAUAUUUUUAAGAACGUUAGUAGCUUUAGCUGUGUUCUUUAUUGUUCUCAUCUUUUUUAAUCUUAAGUCUACAUUUGUCAUUAUAAUAGAGAUAAAGUUAGAUCAGCUUUUGGCCGGGUUUCUACAUUGGGUGAAAGCGGUGCUGAGAGACUAAUUUAGGUUUUCGAAGAACGAAUUGGAACUUGACAGGAAGUUGUACUGUUGAGGAAGAAGCAGGUGGCGGGAAGAGCUAAACCGCGAGCUGAAGUGCAGUAACUGUGUUAACUCUAUAAAAGUCGUGUUUGUAGCACCUAUUUAUUUUUGGCAUAAUAUCAAGAAAGAUAAGAAGAUAUCACUAAUAGUAAGUGACGUCCCUUAUCCUCAGUAUUGUGGCCUGUUUAUGUGGUGCGGGAUAUUUUAAGUGAACAACUAACAAAUGCAAGUGGGUCCCGUCCAUAGGCUGUUUAUCACGGCAUGUAAUGGAGACUAAGUUUCUCUGUCAAUCGAACGAAUGAUAACAUAAAGUUAGAGGACACUGCAGCAUCUUUGCUAGUGAAGGUGCCUCUAGUACAGCUGCACAUCCAUAUAAUAUAACUUUUAGCCUAGUUUCACUUAGAAGGGUUCCGCCAUGUUCCACCACACAUUCAGCUCAUUAGUCAUAAAAAGCAUUGCUUAGCCUCUGAAAACAACUAUGUGUCUUCCAAGAAUGCAAGGCUGGAGCAGGCCAGGCAUGAGUGGCGCACACCUGGACGAAUGGCAGAGGAGGUCCUUUGACAUUUCAUCUGGCAACUGUACACCUGAACAGACGGCUGAUGCCUACCGGGCUCACAUCCUCUCCAUUCAGUAUGCAUGGGCAAGCUCCCAGAUCUCUCAGGCCGGCAUGGCCAGCCUGCUCAGGACCUACUCGGAGCGCUACGCAGCAGUGCUGGACUCAGAUGACCCCUGCAAAGGGCUUAACAACUAUGCAGAGAGCGCUCUGCAUCUGGCCCGCAGUCAGAGGAACUACAGCGACAAAUGGGAGUCGUCCUUGACCACGGAGAGUGUGCUGGAGCUGCCCUGCGUGCAGAAAAUGAUUCAGGCAGAGACAGGUGGGGGACGCGCCCUUGUGGCACCAGCAGAUGCUAACAUAUCUGUGGGACAAGAGAGCAGAGGCAGCUCCCUGUCCGCUCCCUUUACCGGAGUCAGGUCUGAGGCUGCAUUGUUGAAACCUAUAGGACCACCACAGCCUAAAACAGAGGUUAACAACAGUGCCAGUAAUCCUGCUAGUAUUUCUGCAGAGAGACCAAGAGGCUCUGAGGGAUUCUCAGUUAAUCCAAACUCAUUCUCCCGACCUUCAGCCCGACCACAGUCUGUGUUUAGUUAUCCCUCCUCAGCUCUUCCACAGGGAAACCCUAGCCCUGCAAGUGGCACACAAAACUGCCAAUCCUCCUUCUUCUCCACCUCCAAUCCAUCGAAACGGAAGAAUUUUUACAACCCAGAUGGUGGGGAUGUUGGUCGGGGGCCACAUGGAGGUCAAGGAGCCGCUGACCCACGAGCUGGAGGCAACUUCAAAACGGCUCGUGAGCAGUUCAUCGUUGACCAACAGAAAAAGCAUUCCCAUCAGCCCCAGAGAGGCCAGAUCCCUGGAAUGGCAGCAAGUGUGAAAAAAUCUUUGGGUGCUAACAGGCCUCGAGGUACAUUUUCUAAAUUUGUGUCACCUAUUCCACGACAGGAGGAGGAAGAAGGUGGGGCGAGCCAUAGUUCCAGUCAGGAGCCUCAGAUCCUCGAUGAGCGUCUGAAAAACUUUGAGCCAAAGAUAAUUGAGCUGAUCAUGAGCGAGAUCAUGGACCACGGGCCUCCUGUGGCCUGGGAUGACAUAGCAGGUCUGGAGUUUGCCAAGACCACCAUAAAGGAGAUCGUGGUUUGGCCAAUGCUGCGACCUGACAUUUUUACUGGCCUCCGUGGUCCGCCCAAAGGCAUCCUGUUGUUUGGACCCCCAGGAACUGGAAAAACUCUGAUAGGAAAAUGUAUUGCUUGUCAGUCAGGCGCCACCUUCUUUAGCAUCAGCGCCUCAUCGCUCACUUCCAAGUGGGUGGGUGAAGGAGAAAAAAUGGUGCGAGCCCUGUUUGCCAUUGCCCGCUGCCACCAGCCCGCUGUCAUUUUCAUUGAUGAAAUUGACUCACUGUUGUCCCAGAGGACAGAUGGGGAGCACGACUCAUCACGUAGGAUAAAGACAGAGUUCUUGGUUCAGCUGGAUGGGGCAGCCACCGCAGCUGAGGACCGCAUCCUGGUGGUGGGCGCCACCAAUCGGCCUCAGGAGAUAGACGAGGCUGCCCGUCGACGCCUGGCAAAGAGGUUGUACAUCCCCCUGCCUGAAGCAGCCGCCCGGUGGCAGAUUGUAACUAACCUCAUGGCUCGAGAGAGGAACCAGCUGAGAGAGCACGAGCUGGAGAGCGUGGUAACAGCUACCGAGGGCUUCUCCGGCGCCGAUAUGACUCAGCUUUGUCGAGAGGCAGCACUCGGGCCCAUCCGCAGCAUCCAGCUCAAUGACAUCGCCACUAUCACGGCAGAUCAGGUGCGACCAAUCCUCUACAGCGACUUCCAGGACGCCCUGAAGACAGUACGACCCAGUGUCUCAUCAAAAGAUUUGGAGCUGUAUGAAGAGUGGAAUAAGACUUUUGGAUGUGGCCGUUAAACUUGGCAGCUACUUGGCUGAAAAAUUCAGCUCUGGAAAAUUCAAAAGCUGUAGAAUAUUUUCUGCUUUGCACAUAAAGCACAUAGAGGGCGUGGACAACAUAGCAGGAGCACCUUACACUAUGGCUUCACAGAGAGAGUUUUCUAAAUCCAGGGAUUCAGUUGCAUUAAAUUGAGCAGGUGUUGCUGUUAAUUUGUCCACCCCCUCUGUGUCCCACAGUUGAUUUAGUUAAUCUCUUUACAACCAGUCCUGUUUUUAUUUUUUAUUUUUUUAGUUUGUGAUCCAUGAACCUUUACUCUUCACAUUUGGGCUGUUGUCAGUUGAAAGAAAAACAUAACCAAAAGUUCACAGCAGAGCGAUGUGUUAUCAUAAUUCUCGAAAAUGUCUGAAAUGACUCAUAAACUUUUUAAAGUAUUCACAGUAAACUCUGUGGUGAUAGAAUGAGAGACUUUUCUGUACGGAGAAAUUGCUCUGUAGAUUGUUCCCAGCAAUUUAUAUUAGGUAUUCACAUUAUUUUAAGAAUUUUGCAAUAGUCAGACUGUGUGGCUUAGAUAUUAAUGUUAUUGUUGCACCAUGUUAUGUACAUGAACUGUGCUCCAGAUAAAACAUUGAUCUCCGUUUAUAUUCCCGUAUAGCAGUUAUCAUCACUUACGCCAAGACUUAACUUUUGUCACUAUUUUAGUUUGUCACAAUUUUGUAAAUGUAAUUAAUUGAUUGCUUUCCUAAUGAAAUAAAACUUUGCU